GUUGCUUUAACUAGGUGAAAUUUUCAAAAAUUUUUGAAAACAUUAAAAAUUGGAAAAAAAGGAAGAAAAAGAAAUAUUUCUUAAUUAUACAAGAUUCUAAUAUUAAAAAAAAAACUUGUGAAAAAAUUGCUAAUCAAUAGCAUAUGGAGCUUGGGUUUCUCUAAAUGUUAAUAAUUUUUUAAAUUAAAGAAACAACCUGUGAUAGCAAAGAAAUACAAUGGAGGAAAGUCCUGUUCGAGGUCCAACAUUAUCAACUUCGACAUCGAGUAGUUUUGAAGCAAUGGACCCACAUGAUCCCAAUUUAAGUAAAUUGGCAACAAAAAUGUUUAAAAAAACGGAAGAGUACAUUUCGAAUGAGCUUAAUGCUCCAAUUGAUGAUUACAAGUUAUUGGAAGAUAUGAAUCGAGUUAGUUUAGAGAAGUAUACAGAAAUGACACAUACGGCAAAUUCUCUAGCUAUUUCAACGUUAGACUUAAAAAAUAAAUUUGAUGAAUUGAGGUCUCAACUUAAUUAUAUUGACGAAAUUGAAGAUACUGUGGACAAAUUGGAAGCUGCAGCUUACAAAUUGGACGCAUACUCAGUAGCCUUAGAAAAUAAAAUUAAAACAAUGAUUUAUAAGAGUUCACAAUAAGUGAUUAUCCAUGUUCAAUAUA